GUGGGAUGGCGACAAGCGAGGAGUGGGGCGUGACUUUCACAGUCAGUGGCUCAUGGGCGGAGUGGCCCGUGGGAAGCAGGGGGCAGAACCAGCCGUACUACUUUGCGAACAACGGAUUCACGCUUGUGGCGACGGUGAUGCUCCACGCGGUGCCGGAGGCGGAGGAAGGCAGCUCUCUGCCACUGCUGGGCGUGAGGAUGAAUGACACAGAGGGCACCGUGCUCCUGGGCGUGUCGUGCACGCAGGACAAUAAGUGGAAAGUGACGGUCGGCGGUAAGAGCCGGAGUUUGACAGAUGGUGAUGAUGUGACGUGGAAAGCAGACACAGCCUACCAAGUGAUCUUGCAGAUGGAUACUGGCGAUGAGUUGUCUGUGCACAUCGACGGGGACGAGAUCUACGCGAGCGACGAUGACGAUGAAGAGGAAGAUGGCGAUGGUGGCAUCGCUUCUUGGGUGGAGACACUAUUUACGCCGCACAGGAUCUCGCACAUUUACGUUGGCGGGGACGGGGCGGAGGGCACGAGGACCAGCCACCACGUGACGGUCUCCAGCGUCCUGCUGUACAACCGCGCACUGGGUGAAAAUGAGAUCCGAAAGCUCGCAGGGAGCAAAGUGGCUCUUGGAGGACCAGCUGCCGGGAAAGAAGGCCGCGAGCUGCAGGCGGCUCCUUCGGUGCCCACCUCUGAGGGCGGGGAGACUGUUCCCGAAGUGAAACUUGAGGACGGCCGCGGUGAGGGGCAAACGGAGGACGGCGAGCGCACGGAGGGCCUGCAGGAAAAAAAUGGCGGUUCUGCUGGUGGGCCGCCGCAUGCGGCCGGACCCCCGACAGUUGAGGGCGAACAGUCACACGAAGCGGAAGCGGAAUCUGCUGGGGAUCCAGCGCUGCAGGAGAACGUCGUGGAAGCGCCGGGCCCGGGAGCUGCGCCGCCGAGCAGCGAAGUGGAAGUUGCUUCCGAGCCCGCUGGGGGCUCCCCCCUCAGCCCCCCCAGAGGACCAACACCACGAAGAAGAAGGAGAAGGAGAGGAAGAGGAAGAGGAAGAGCCGCCUCAGUUAUCGCAGGAGGCGGGCAAAGGGGCAGGCGACGCGUCACCACCUUCUAA